UUGGCGGUGGCGCUGACAGGAGGCGGGGCCUGGAAGUCCCGGCCAAACCCGCCCUCGCGUAUAAGCCUCUUCUCGGCUCUCUCUCUCCAUCUCUCUCCUCUCUCUUUCUCUCUAGCUCCCUUCCUCCCUGUAACCGAACAGUGAAAAUUCACAUUGUGGAUCCGCUAACAGGCACAGAUGUCAUGUGAAAACGCACAUGCUCUGCCAUCCACACCGCCUUUCUUCCUUUUCUUUCUGUUUCCUUUUUUUUCCCUUGCUUCUUCUCCCUCUUCUUUGUAACUAACAAAACCAGCACCAACUCCUCCUCUGCUGCCCUUCCUCCUCCUCCUCAGUCCAAGUGAUCACAAAAGAAAUCUUCUGAGCCGGAGGCGGUGGCAUUUUUAAAAAGCAAGCACAUUGGAGAGAAAGAAAAAAGAAAAACAAAAGCAAAACAAAACCCAGGCACCAGCCAGCCAGCACAUUUUUUUCCAUCCUUCCUGAAAACAAACAAACAACCAAACAACCAUCAAAACAGUCACCACCACCAUCAUCAAAACUGUUAACAUAGCAGCGGCAGCGGCGCAAACGUCACCCUCCGGCCACAGCGUCCGCCUAAAGGGAUGAUUUUCUCGGCGGAGCAGCUCUUCGCCGACCACCUUCUUCACUCGUGCUGAGCGGGAUUUUUGGGCUCUCCGGGGUUCCGGCUGGGAGCAGCUUCAUGACUACGCGGAGCGGGAGAGCGGCCACACCAUGCGAGCACAAAUUGAAGUGAUACCAUGCAAAAUUUGUGGCGAUAAGUCCUCCGGGAUCCACUACGGAGUCAUCACGUGUGAAGGUUGCAAGGGAUUCUUUAGGAGGAGCCAGCAGAACAAUGCCUCUUACUCCUGCCCAAGGCAGAGAAACUGUUUAAUUGACAGAACCAACAGAAACCGUUGCCAACACUGCCGACUGCAGAAGUGUCUUGCCCUAGGAAUGUCCAGAGAUGCUGUGAAGUUCGGAAGGAUGUCCAAGAAGCAAAGGGACAGCCUGUAUGCUGAGGUGCAGAAGCAUCAGCAGCGGCUGCAGGAGCAGCGGCAGCAGCAGAGCGGGGAGGCGGAAGCUCUUGCCAGGGUGUAUAGCAGCAGCAUCAGCAACGGCCUCAGCAGCCUGAACAACGAGGCCAGCGGCACUUAUGCCAACGGACACGUCAUUGACCUGCCCAAGUCCGAGGGUUAUUACAACGUGGAUUCCGGCCAGCCUUCCCCUGAUCAGUCAGGACUUGACAUGACUGGAAUCAAACAGAUAAAGCAAGAACCUAUCUAUGACCUCACAUCCGUACCCAACUUGUUUACCUAUAGCUCUUUCAACAACGGGCAGUUAGCACCAGGGAUAACAAUGACUGAAGUCGAUCGAAUUGCACAGAACAUCAUUAAAUCCCAUUUGGAGACAUGUCAGUACACCAUGGAGGAGCUACACCAGCUGGCAUGGCAGACCCAUACCUAUGAGGAAAUUAAAGCGUAUCAAAGCAAGUCCAGGGAAGCACUAUGGCAGCAGUGUGCCAUCCAGAUCACUCACGCCAUCCAAUAUGUCGUAGAGUUUGCAAAGCGGAUAACGGGCUUCAUGGAGCUCUGUCAAAAUGAUCAAAUUCUACUUCUGAAGUCAGGUUGCUUGGAAGUGGUUUUAGUGAGAAUGUGCCGUGCCUUCAACCCAUUAAACAACACUGUUCUGUUUGAAGGAAAAUAUGGAGGAAUACAGAUGUUCAAGGCCUUAGGUUCUGAUGACCUAGUGAAUGAAGCAUUUGACUUUGCAAAGAAUUUGUGUUCCUUGCAGCUGACUGAGGAGGAGAUUGCUUUGUUCUCAUCUGCUGUGCUGAUCUCUCCAGACCGAGCCUGGCUGAUAGAACCAAGGAAGGUCCAGAAGCUUCAGGAAAAAAUUUAUUUUGCACUUCAACAUGUGAUUCAGAAGAAUCACCUGGAUGAUGAGACCUUGGCAAAGUUAAUAGCCAAGAUACCAACCAUCACGGCAGUUUGCAACUUGCACGGGGAGAAGCUGCAGGUAUUUAAGCAAUCGCAUCCAGACAUAGUGAAUACACUCUUUCCUCCGUUAUACAAGGAGCUCUUUAAUCCUGACUGUGCCACCGUCUGCAAAUGAAGGCGACGAGAGAACUGUCUCAUAGUCAUGGAAUGCAUCACCAUUAAGACAAAAGCAAUGUGUUCAUGAAGACUUAAGAAAAAUGUCACUACUGCAACAUUAGGAAUGUCCUGCACUUAAUAGAAUUAUUUUUCACCGCUACAGUUUGAAGAAUGUAAAUAUGCACCUGAGUGGGGCUCUUUUAUUUGUUUGUUUGUUUUUGAAAUGACCAUAAAUAUACAAAUAUAGGACACUGGGUGUUAUCUUUUUUUUUUUUAAUUUUAUUCAGGUAUGUUUGGGAGACAGCUGUUUAUAGAAUUUUAUUGUAGAUAUAUACGAGAACAGAGCGGUACCUUACAUGAUUACUUUUCCUGUUGAUUGUUCAAAUAUAAUUUAAGAAAAUUCCACUUAAUAGGCUUACCUAUUUCUAUGUUUUUAGAUAGUUGAUGCAUGUGUAAAUUUGUAGCUGUCUUGGAAAGCACUGUGCAUGUAUGUAAUAAGUAUAUAAUAUCUGAGAAUAUUAUAUAUGACUAUUACUUAUUCAUGCACAUGCACUGUGGCUUAAAAUACCAUACCUACUAGCAAAGGAGGUUGAGUCAGGCUCUCUUAUGUUAUUUACCUUCUGUGUUAAAUGUUACCUUUAUGUUAGACAAUCAGGAUUUUCUUUUCCCAGCCAGAGUUUUCACCUAGAGUCAAUGGCAGGAUGGUACCAAUUCAGAAAUAAGUCAACAAAGGAAUAAAUAUAAUGCAUGGCCUCUACAUAAAAACUCUAUUUCUAUCAAUGACAUCAAAGCCUUGUCAAGGUGGUACAUAUUGGGGGAAAAAAUAAGUACUUGAAGCCAUUUUCCUGUUUUAAGAAUUAGGCCACAGAUAACAUUAUGGAGUUCAGGACUUUUUUGACCGAACAACAGAUAUUUCUUACUUUUCACCAGGACACAUAAAACACUAUUUUUCUUUGGAUUUCAAGUUGUGAAAGAAACUUGAUUUUGGUGCUUAUUGUGUCUUCAACAGAGAAAUACAGUCUGUAGAUUAUGACCACCAGCAAUUUUUUCUAAUAAAAUUAGAAUAAAAGAGUAAAUCAGAACCCAGGGUCCCAAUGUCAUCUCAUGUAAACAUUUUCUCUAACCAUUUUUUUUUUUGGCAAAGAAAAGGUAGAAAGAGAAUACACAAAGUAAAGAAGUAGUUCUUUAUAUUCCUUUUCUUUAAUAAGUUUGUUAGAAACAGCAGCAAUAAAGGGGGAGGCAGAACUUUAUAUGUCCUUCUAGUCUGGGGCCUCUAAUUAUUUUGAACUCCAAAAUGCUGUAUUAUAAAAAUAUAGCAAAAACGUGACAGAUUAGAAAAAAAGAUUUGAGUUACUCUAUGGAAUGAAUACACCCCAAAGCCAAAACUAUUUCCUAUGCAAUUUGAAAUUGCAUCAUCCAUCUAGCCUGAGGUUAUUUUUUUUAGCAACUUUUACAAGUACAGAAUGCAAGAUGUGAAAUCAGGAUUAGAGAAUUUAGACUUCUUAGUACAAGUUCUCAUGUCCCCACCUGCUCUCCCAUCAAAUUGAUCACCAGGAAAGCAUCAGUUCCAAGGAGUUUAUUCUGCAUUCUGGAGGGCUUCUGCCUUGGGUCUUGUCUGAUCCCAAAUGAGAUUUUUAAAAAGGAAGCUUAGAGGAUAGUUUUGUGCAUAAGACAAUGAAAAUUAUGAUCUCCUGUAAGUGUAGCCCAGCCACCAACUCAUGAAGACCUGCCCUUGUCUCCUUGUCAAACACACAAACACGCACGUGCACACACCUGCUUUGUAAAGUUUCCAUCAGUGGAAACUUUGAUUUCUUUUUAAUCUCUUGUGCUCUCCUAAAGUCGCAUGGUUGAGAGCCAUCCUCACGAUGCCACAGAACUCCUCAUUGAUGAUCAAACGGUAGUGUUAGUCUUUUCUUUUAGAAAACAGACCCUUUUCCCACCUCAUGAUUGAUGCAUUCCAAACCGAUGGGGAAAAACAAAAAGGCUUUAAAAUAAUGAAUCUCUUUCUCAACUACUGUUAUAUUCAAUUAAUUUAACUACAUUGAACCAAAUUACCUUCAGUGUCUAAGAAGACAGCUGUAGACUGCUUAUUAUGCUGCUACAGGGACUCAAUUCUUUUUGGUGUAAAUGUCACUCCUGCUAGCUCUUUGUAUAAAGAAUUAAUUCCAAGAGUCAUAUUUCCUUCUAAUGGAAAGAUUACUUUACUGAUUGCUAGGAAAACAGGGUAAUGGAAGGCACUCAAUUAAACCAAGCCGUUUCCAAAUGCAAUGUAUGUUUUAUGAUUGGCUUGUGAUAGGCGAUGCUUAAUGUGUCUACUUGGUGUUUCCCUUUGAGCUUUGAACUUAUGUCAAACUUUGUUUUCAUUGUUCUGUUGGCCUAGUGUUUUCCAUUGUCAGCCUCUAAUUCCUGCUCAGUUGCAAAGGGAAUCAUUUGUUUCCUCCAAUUUACCUUAGAGGAUUUAAAUUGGCUCAAUUGAUGAAGUGGCUGAGAAUUUUUUCCUCCCUUGUCCCAUGGGUGAUGUAGGAAAAAGAUUGUCCCCCACAUUUGCCCCAGGCGGUACUGGAUUUGAAUUUGUGUCAUUUCCACUAGUGCAAACAUUUCAUUGGGACCGCAUGAACCUUUUGAAGCUAGGGGACAGGAAACAGCUAGCAACUGAACAGAACAAAACAGUGAAAACCAGCACACAGCCCACUUCAAUUGAGAAAAGAGAUUUCCAAUUUGUCGCCAGAGCUGCCAAAUCUGUCCAUUAAAAGAGAACCGAGUCAUAUUUUCAAUGGCAACAAAGCACCUUUAAAAGCUGCCCUUUGAACAUCUCCUGUGACUACAUCUCGAGGUAUUUUGAAAUUUUGGUAAGAACUUUCUUUAUCACGUGUAAUCUUGUCCCCUCCCCAUGAAGACUCACAGAUAUUCACAACACAUUCAUGGUAAAGCGUGCACUGGAAGAAAGCACCCACGAUCUGUACUUUUCAAGUCACGCUUCGUAAAUGACAAUCACUGCUUGAUGCAGAUGUUGCACUGGAUCCACUCAGGGAUGUUGCAUUAAAAAAAAAAAAGGUACAUCAAGAAGGAGGGAGAAAAAACAGGAAAAUGACGACAAAAUGUAAAUGGCAUAAAUUAAAUAUGCCGCUGAAAGAACCUCUCUGACAAGGCUUUCAGACCAACGAGCUGUAACUUCAUGUUGUGAACUGUUUGGACUUGCUGAAAAGUUGCACAUGAGUAAGGACAACUUUAGUCUCAUUUUCUAAAAUCUGCUAGGAGCCAAAUAAUCCAGCUACCCGGUUUAUAGGGCUAUGUAUCUCCCAGCAAACCCAAGCUUCCUGUUCAAGUGCUGAGCAAGGAAAAUACAGAAAUCUAAGUGGCACUACUAGAUGAACCUGACAAGGGAGGUAAAGCUGUAUGAAUUCAAACUCCAAUGGAUUUGCGGUCUGUAAAAGGAAAGGCAAAUUUUGGAGGGAAUAUAGGAGGAUAAGGGAUUCCAAAUCUGGCUUAAUAUCCCACCUAUACCCCUACUGUCCAUGACUCGGUCACCUUUGUGUCACUUUUUCUGAGGUUCUUUUAUCCCCAAAGACUGAAAGCUGAGGGUGGAGAUGUACUCUACAAACAUAGCUUUCUGGAUUUCACUUAUUUUAAUAUUGUAUUCAGGGCUCUGCACUAAAGGACCACUAAGUAGGUAAAAACAGAGAAUAUAGUGGUCUCUUUGGUAAUUAGACUUCUUUGACAGAAUCUGAGACACCCUAAAUCAUAGUGAACUCUGGAUAUUAACAAGAGGAUCCAGGGAGACAUCAGUACACUUCCUAUCUCAGCUGCCUUGUUGAACAUGUAACUUCACAACAGUCAAGCUAAACUCUUUGUAGAACACCAUGCACAUGGAUAGUCAACUCACGCUCACUCUCUGCAGUCCCAUGUGUAUCAGGCUUGAAUGCAAAAGCAAUUCUUGUGUCCCAAGCAUAACCUAAAACUUAACCAGCUUUUUUCAAAAACGUCAAUCAGAUGCAAAUGAUAUGGGUUUUGUUUCAUGUUCUUUGUUUCCAUUUAUUAUAGAAGCAAGGAAAAAUUCUACUGCUAUUGAAAAUUAUAAGAAGUAACUUUUUCCUGACUCUUUUUUCUCUAUUAACUUUUCCAAUGAAGUUACUAUGAUUGGCAGGAAAUUCAGGCAAGGCAUCUGUGCCCUGACAGAAGCACCAUUCAAUAGAACAGCAAUAACUUUAAAAUGUUCAUGUGUAGUGAACCUUUGCACACAGUCCGCUGUAUAAAGAAGAGGAAAAAGCCCACCAUCUGCUUUAGACGAAGUGGUAUUUGAUUUUCUGUUUCCAACUGCUAGUGCAAGCAGCAACCUAAUAUGGGAAACCAUGCGAGUCUUUAGACAGGAGUUGACAACCAUUGCAGGGGGGUGGGGUGUCGCAGGACCAGAGGUACAUGUUCACUUAAAGCAGAGGUUAAAAAUUCAAAAGCCUGAAAGGGCCAGGGAGUGGAUGCAAGUGAGUGAAGCAAUCCAGUGGCAAGCUGGCAAAGAGAUGCCCCAUCUGAGGGACAUCCGCUAGUCAGCUAAAGCUGAUGUGUUGCUAAAACUUCUGAAUCUUAUAAAAUCUCUCGAGUUGUAAGUGAUGUCAGUUGAUUCAGAGCUUAGUGCAGAACAAACAAAUACACCUCUGAGCAGAAGAGGGCCCACAGUUUGCAACCUCUGGCUUAAAGCAAAAUUGAAUCUAGGGGCCGGUUGUGCUGGAGCAAGUCUGUCCAGACACAACUCUGGGUGUGUUCGAGUGGAAGGGGGAGAAGGGAGAAAUCUUCCCCCUCUGAUAGUCAAUUUGGUUUCCAUAUCUGACUGUCGCUACUAGAGACUAUAGUAAGAAUUCAGUUGAAAAAAUAGCAAACAGUCUAAAGAUGCAAACGAUUCGAUGUGAUGAUGGCUUACAAAAGACCCUUCUAUUUGUCUUGCCCAAACUGCUAGCUUCCUAGAGCCAGGUGGCUUGAUUUCUUGCCACUUUUUUUCUGAAAGUCAAAUGCACAAUCUUUAUGCUUUUGAGUCUCAUUGUGUUUCUUUCAAUAUGUGGCUUCAAUAUCUGUGACAAGUGUUUCUUUUCCCUCAGUUGUAUCUGAAGAAUUAAUUCUAGAGUCAUGGUAAGGUAGUCCCCCAUUGUUCUGAAGUGCGGGACCGUGAAUUCCUAUGCAGCAGAUGGGGCUGGUCUGUGUGUGCACUUUUUCCGUAAGCUGCUGAAAUUCCUCCGAUGUGAAUUGGCCAUAGAAAUAUUUGCCUCCUGAAUGACUGUAAGCACGACCUCCAGUGGAUCAGAAAAAGCAGCUCAGUGAUUGUUCUUAUGGCCAAAAAUAAAGCACAAGGUGACUGGAAUUGAAUAAACUCAGUGGAGGCAAGCGCAGGGUACGUGCACCCCAGCUGGGCGGCGUGAUCCUUAUAUUAAACCGUACUCUCCUGGCGGCGGCUGAGGGAGAGCGUUUGCAUGCCUCCCUCAUCACCACACGCAGACACACGUUAGGUAUGUCUGAAAAGCUACAGAGCCCACAUCCAAGCACAGCACCGCCUGCUUCAUCUGAUUAACACACAUACAAGAAUGAAAACUACACCCACAGAAAACUGAGUAUGUAUUGUAGAAAUGUAGAGGAAAAAUAAAAAUAUUUUUUCAAAUGUACUUUUAAUAUAUGCUGGUGGAAGGUCUAAUACGAUGUAUGCUGUCUCUGUAAUUUUUGCUGUAAAUAACUGGAGACAGUGAAUACACUGAUUUUUCUAUGUCUCUGUUUAAGCGUAAGACUUUGUAACAAUUUUUUUAGAGGGGGAAAACCAACAAAGGACAAAUACGUACUUGCUUCCUUUCUGCGUGUCAUGUGCUUCUCAGAAACUGGUUCUAACAGCUGAAGCAUCUUGACGGGUCAUUGGUGUUCAGUAUACGCUUCUUUUCGUAACACAGCUGAGAAAGGGACAGGGCUGUCAAUUAAAUCUGCUCCAAAGAAUUUGUAUUGAAGAUUGGCCUAAGACCUGCAAAUUUUAUCUGAACUAGACAAUAUGAAAAGGGAAAAUUAAAAAAAAAAAAAAUGUUGGCUAAGUCAUCUUUCCUUAUAGCAAAUGGCUUUGUCCAAAUCCUUUCUGCGUGGAAUAGCUUAAGGAAAACAAACUCUGCUUUCUGAUGAACAAAAUAUUUUUGUACAUGUUUAUUUCUUAUUAGUAACCUGAGGUCAGACCUCUCACUCGCUGAAGCCAUAACUGACCUUCACCAAAUAAAUGUUGUAAAGAACCUGGGGGAGGGUUGGGGAGAGACUAGAGGAAAGAAAAUCCAAGGUGUCUCGAGCUGUAACACCACAGGCAGGAGCAAGUCCAAUGAACCUGAUGCUUUUCCUGCAUCCCAAAUAUGACUUUAAAAGGCUAGUAUUUUAUGAUGAUCAAUUUAUAAUAAAAAAAAGAUAUUUAGAUUUAAAUGAGACUUUCCAAUAUUUUUUAAAUCCCUGACAAUGCUUCCUUGCUUUUAGGAUUGAGAUAAAUGAUUUUCGUAUACUUCCAGCGUUCAGAGAUUUAAUGUUUUUACCUUAGCUCCAGCCUACACAGGUAGAGUGAAGAGCGAUGCUAAGUCCUCCAGCAUUGAAACCAGGUGGGGCUUGGCUGUAUACCAACCACGACUGCACCUUGGAGCAGCGGGUGAGGGUGCAGUCGGCAUCUCUUAUUAGCAUGCACACCAUCGUUGGCAAUACACCAAAGUUGCAUUGCCAAACGUAUGUAAAAUAAAAAUAUUCACUCUAAAAAGCAUAAUAAUUAUACUUUUUUAAAAAAACAAUGCCUCCUAUAAUCACCAUUGAUUUUCCUGGAGCUUAAUUACAUUAUUGCCAUGUAUUAUUAUUAUUGGCCUAUAGACGCAAAAGGCAAACUACAAAUAAACCCAGUGACAUACAUAGUUUGAAAAUCUACAAUUUUCUGAUCUCUCUCCCCUUGUUUAACAUAUAAGCCCUAAUUUCUGUGUACAUGAGUAAAACUGCAGCCUGAGUCAUUUAGGAAGUAAGCAUUGAGUUUUUUUAUUAUAAAUAUACUAGAAUAAAACAGCGAUCCCUAACAAUUAAAAAAAGAGUUUUAUAUUACUUUAGAAUGUAAUAGGUUUUUGUCCUUAUUUUAUGUCCUGUAAAUUAUUAGUUGAAUACUGUUAGCAUUCCCUGAUAAUGCACACAUGAUUUCUGAAUGUUUUCUGUAAAUGACAAUCAAUGUUUAUGAAGUUCCCUCCUUUAAUGCUGAACAAAAUUAAAAGAAGAAAAA